GUGUGAGCGUGUAUGUAGUAACUACAUGUGUUUGAAAGACAAACGGUUUCGGUUCAGUUCGGUUUCGGUCAGUGAGGAUCAGUCAGUUAAUGUGAAGUGCGUGUCAAUGCAUCCGGGCAGCUACCGGUCGGAUCCGACGGAGGUUUCAUGCGGUGCGGACGCUAGCUCGUCGUGUCGAAGAGUGCGAUGAUCUGAGAGGAAGAUUCACCACCUUGCGGCAUGGCCUCGGUAGCCGCUUGGCUUCCAUUUGCUCGGGCGGCGGCCAUAGGCUGGGUUCCAGUAGCGGCCCAUCCGCUACCGCCGCCGCCGGUCAUCAAGGACACCCGCAAAGCGGACGACGAAAAGCUCAUCGUCAACGUCUCCGGGCGACGGUUCGAGACCUGGCGCAACACGCUCGAAAAGUAUCCCGACACUCUGCUCGGUUCCAACGAGCGCGAAUUCUUUUACGACGAGGAUGGUAAGGAGUACUUCUUCGAUCGGGAUCCGGACAUAUUCCGGCACAUCCUCAACUAUUACCGCACCGGCAAGUUGCACUAUCCGAAACACGAAUGUUUGACCAGCUACGAUGAAGAGCUGGCCUUCUUCGGCAUCUUGCCGGACGUUAUCGGCGAUUGCUGUUACGAAGACUACAGGGACCGCAAACGUGAGAAUGCGGAACGUCUCAUGGACGACAAACUUUCAGAGAACGGCGAUCAAAAUCUGCAACAGCUGACGAAUAUCAGGCAGAAGAUGUGGCGUGCGUUCGAAAAUCCUCACACGUCGACUGCUGCUUUAGUGUUCUAUUAUGUGACUGGGUUCUUUAUUGCCGUUUCAGUGAUGGCCAAUGUUGUAGAGACCGUGCCAUGCGGACAUAGGCCAGGCCGCGCGGGGACAUUGCCGUGCGGCGAACGUUAUAAAAUAGUGUUCUUCUGUUUGGACACAGCAUGUGUCAUGAUAUUUACCGCCGAAUACUUGCUGCGAUUGUUUGCAGCUCCGGACCGUUGUAAGUUUGUUCGCAGCGUGAUGAGUAUUAUCGAUGUGGUAGCUAUUUUGCCGUACUACAUCGGUUUGGGUAUAACUGAUAAUGACGAUGUGUCUGGAGCGUUUGUCACGCUGCGUGUUUUUCGUGUGUUCCGAAUAUUUAAAUUCUCGCGGCAUUCGCAAGGUCUCCGGAUCUUGGGAUACACGCUGAAAUCAUGCGCUUCCGAAUUAGGCUUCCUCGUUUUCUCAUUGGCGAUGGCCAUCAUCAUAUUUGCCACGGUCAUGUUCUACGCCGAGAAGAAUGUGGACGGGACCAACUUUACGUCGAUACCAGCAGCUUUUUGGUACACCAUCGUCACAAUGACUACCUUGGGGUACGGCGACAUGGUGCCGCAGACCAUCGCCGGCAAGAUCGUCGGCGGCGUCUGCUCCCUCAGCGGAGUGCUCGUCAUCGCCCUUCCCGUCCCGGUCAUUGUCUCCAACUUCAGCAGGAUCUACCAUCAGAACCAGAGGGCGGACAAACGAAAAGCUCAACGUAAAGCUCGGCUGGCGCGAAUCAGGAUAGCAAAGGCGUCGUCCAGUGCGGCGUUCGUAAACAAGAAAAAGGCGGCAGAAGCUAGAAUGGCAGCCCAAGAGUCCGGCAUCGAGUUGGACGACAACUUCCGGGAAGAGGACAUCUUCGAAUUGCAGCAUCAUCACUUGCUGCGAUGUCUGGAGAAAACCACGGAUCGGGAAUUUGUCGAAAUGGAAGUACCGUAUAACGGUCAACCAAAGAGACCAGGCUCACCGUCGCCCAUUGCGAGUCCGGCUCAUUCGACCAAUAGCAACUUAGGAUUGCUACAUGCUUGUUGUGGACGUUGUUGCCCCCAAAAGUAUCAGGUUGUGUGUUUAUCGCAGGCAUGCGGAAAGUACAUUCCCGCGACGGCGGGAACCCCCGGCGGCCAGACUGGAGCUGCCAUGGACGGAACAUAUCUUGUAGAGGCAUCUUUCUAA